AGAGAGAGAGAGAGAGAGAGAGAGAGAGAGAGAGAGAGAGAGAGCGCGCACGGACGUCAGCGCAAUAAAUGAAAGCAUACUGUCAGUGCUUUCUAUCGCAUUAAUCUGCAUGGCUGCCACAGAUGUAAACAUAUAUCCUAGUGAGGAGAUGAGGACUCUCUCUCUCAGCGGUCAUGUGGGUUUUGACAGUCUUCCUGAUCAGCUGGUCAGCAAAUCAGUGAGCCAAGGAUUCAGCUUCAACAUUCUCUGCGUAGGUGAAACUGGCAUAGGCAAAUCUACAUUAAUGAACACACUAUUUAACACAACGUUUGAGAACGAAGAGGCCAGUCACUUCAAGAAUGGUGUGCAUUUGCGCCCCAGAACAUACACCCUGCAGGAAAGCAAUGUGGAUUUACAGCUAACAAUUGUAGACACUGUGGGAUUUGGCGACCAGGUUAAUAAAGAAGAAAGUUAUAAACCCAUUGUGGACUACAUUGAUGCUCAGUUUGAAAACUUCCUUGAAGAAGAACUUAAAAUUAAACGUUCCCUUUAUAACUAUCACGAUUCACGCAUCCACAUCUGCCUCUAUUUCAUUGCUCCCACCGGUCACUCGCUGAAAUCUCUGGACUUAGUUACCAUGAAGAAGCUGGACAGCAAGGUCAACAUUAUUCCCAUCGUAGCGAAGGCAGACACUAUAUCCAAGAGCGAGCUUCAGAAAUUUAAGAUCAAGAUCAUGAGCGAACUGGUCAGCAAUGGUGUUCAGAUCUACCAGUUCCCAACAGAUGAUGAAGCUGUGGCUGAAAUAAACUCUUCUAUGAAUGCACAUCUCCCUUUUGCUGUGAUUGGAAGCAGUGAAGAGGUUCAAAUUGGGAACAAAAUGGUGCGGGCCAGACAGUACCCAUGGGGAGUGGUGCAGGUGGAGAACGAGAGUCACUGUGACUUUGUAAAGCUGAGAGAGAUGCUAAUUCGUGUCAACAUGUUGGACCUGAGAGAACAGACCCACGCCAGACACUAUGAGCUGUACCGCCGCUGCAAACUGGAGGAGAUGGGCUUCAAAGACACCGACCCUGACAGCGAACCCUUCAGUCUGCAGGAGACAUACGUGGCCAAGAGGAGGGAAUUCAUUGGUGAGUUACAACUCAAGGAGGAGCAGAUGAGACAGAUGUUUGUCAACAAAGUGAAGGAGACAGAAGCUGAACUAAAAGAGAAGGAGAGAGAGCUGCAUGAGAGAUUUGAGAUGUUGAAACGUACACAUCAGGAGGAGAAGAGGAACCUGGAGGAGAAGCGUAGAGAUUUAGAGGAGGAAAUGAACACCUUCAACAGGAGGAAAGUGGCUGCUGAAACCCUACAGUCUCUUCAAGGCUCCUCUGCCCUCAAAAAAGACAAAGAGAAGAAAACUUAAUUGGCGACCCAUCAGCAUCAGUAACUGCUUAGUCAUUUUACAUUGACACCAGCUUGCCAUGCCUUCAGGUGAUGGUUACAGGUAAAACGAGCUCAGUUCAGACUGUGAUGAUCCACUGAUGUGUACUUGAUUCUUCUGGAUUUACUUUUUUAUUAAAGGGAUAGCGGUUCAUCCUAAAAAUGACAUUGUUAUAAAUGAUUCACCGUCAUAUUGUUCCAAACUCGCAUGACUUUCUUUCAUCUGUUUGUUGAACAUAAAAUAUUUUGUGAAGAUAUUUUUGUCUAUAAAAUGGACCUUAAUGAUAUGCAGAGGAAAAACAAGUUGAAAUUGCAUGCAGGUGAAUAACUGAUGACAUAAAUGUAAUUUUUUUGCAUGACGUGUUUUUAAAUAAUAUUGUAUUGUAGUGGUUUGAAUAACUUUGUCAUUGUCUUAAAUUAAUACGGAACUUGACUAUGAUAACUGGACUUUUAACAUAUAAUUUAGACUUUUAUAAAUGAAUGUAUUUUCCUCUAAGCAGUUUUACCAGAUUGAAAAGCCUGUAUAUAAUGAAUCGUUUUGUAUUAACCAGAAUAAUUAUGAUAUUUUUAAAUGAUAAAUAUCUUUGCUGAUGUUAUGGCUUGCCUCUGCUACACAAAUACAAAUGUACAUUUUUCAGUUGAAAAUUAAAAAUGCUUUUAAAGUUUA